AUGGAAGCCGCAGCAGGAGCGGUGCUGUCCACGGCACACGAGCUCUACACCCGCGCAAACGAGACCUCUACCGACUCCUCAAAAGAAGAGCGCCCACCCGUAUACAAAGUAAUCGGUAUAUGUCUGGCCAUCGGCUCCGGCCUGUUCAUCGGAACCUCGUUCGUGCUCAAGAAAGUCGGGCUGCUCAAGGCCAAUGAGAAAUACCAGGAAGAAGCCGGCGAGGGAUAUGGCUAUCUCAAGAACGCCUUCUGGUGGGGAGGCAUGACCCUCAUGAUUCUGGGCGAGGUGCUCAACUUUGUCGCAUAUGCGUUCACAGAUGCCAUUCUCGUCACACCAAUGGGAGCCUUGUCUGUUGUCAUCACCAGCGUUCUGUCGGCCAUAUUUCUCAAGGAAAGGUUGAGCAUGGUCGGCAAGGUCGCUUGCUUCUUGUGUAUCGUGGGCUCCGUCGUCAUCGUUAUGAACGCGCCCGAGGAGUCCUCGGUCGCAGACAUCCAGGAGAUGCAGAAAUUCGUGAUCGCGCCCGGCUUCCUCAGCUAUGCCGGCGUGAUUCUUAUCGGCUCCGUCAUUGUCGCCUAUUUCGUUGGGCCCAAAUAUGGGAAGAAGAACAUGAUGGUGUACAUCUCCAUAUGCAGUUGGGUUGGAGGAUUGAGUGUUGUUGCGACCCAGGGCCUGGGCGCUGCGAUCGUGGCCCAGAUUGGCGGGAAACAACAAUUCAACCAGUGGUUUAUCUAUAAAGCGCUCAACAUAUUCAAUGCCGCGAUGGUCACCCCCACCUAUUAUGUCUAUUUCACCAGCACGACCAUCAUCACCUCUGCCGUGCUAUUCCAGGGCUUCAAGGGAACCCCUUCCUCAAUUGUCACCGUCGUGAUGGGCUUUCUCACCAUCUGCUCCGGGGUCGUCUUGCUACAGCUAUCAAAAUCCGCCAAAGAUGUGCCUGACGCAGCAGUCUUCAGUGGCGAUCUUAAUCAGGUCCGCACAAUUGCUGAACAGGAGCAGGCCGAGACGGAACCCAAGGCAGACGCUAUCCGAGGAACCGCAGCGCUGGUGCGUCGGUUCUCUACGACGCGCGAGAAGAUGGAGAUCGAAGAACUCAAACGGAUUCGCGCCGAGAAGGAGCAGGAGCGACUCGAGGCGGUCAGUGAGGACGGCCAGCCGCAAUUUGAAUGGGAUGGUCUGCGAAGGCGUAGAACAACGCUCGGAAGUCAACACAGCAGGCAGAUAACGACGCCGCAAACAUUCCCUAUGACACCGAACACCGGGGCUUCGCCACAUCCGCCGCUGGGCAUGUCGCACUUCCCAACCGACGAGGAACUCGCUGAGCAGGAUAGACCGUUUAGUGCAGGCCUCUCUAGCUUUAUGGGUACCAUCCGAUCGCGUGCGACGAGCGUGUUGCCAGGACAUCCGGAUUUCAGGCAGUCUUCUCUGGGAAGCGACUCCUCGAAUGCCCUCAAUCUCUCUUCCAACAAGAUGCAAAGCCCCAUGCACCCUGUGCAACUGACCGAGAUUUCUGUGGCGCAUGGCGGUGCUUACGGCGUACCUGCUGGCGUGAAGACCGAGUACGACCCGGGCUCACACGGCUCUUCCGACAGCAUCGGCGGCCGUGAAAGACAUAUUCACUUCGGUGGCGAGACUCGGCACACACCAGAUAACGCAAGCCUUGCCCCUCCGACGCCACCGCCGCAUGCUCAACCGCACUCGGCCAGGAGACAGUUCUCCUUCCAGAACGUCUUUAAGCGACACCGGGACCACGGAAACGAUGGCGCAGAGGAGAGACCGACAAGCUCUAAAUCCACGAGCAGGCCCAUCUCUAGCCGGGGUUACAGCGCUCCGCACGCAAAGACCGCGACUGAGGAGGAACGUUUAGGUCUCGUAAAGGGCGACAGUAAUAACCAAGGGCCUGGUUACUCGUCAGCCCCGGCGUUGCCCUUGUACGAGGAGGACGACUUUGAGGGCUCUGACGACUAUCUGUACGACGAUGACGCGUUGUACAGCGACGACAAGAUGACGCGCUAUGGACGUGGCAUCACAGACAGUCCGCCGAGAGGGCGAGCCGGAAGUGAUGGCUCAAAUGAGAAGGGGAACGAGCCUCAGAGAGGCAGGUGGAAUGAGGGCCGAGGUAGCAGCAGAGAUCAAACACCGCCAACACCGCCACCCAAACCACCCGCGCACGGGAGCAGGAGCGGCAGCGGCAGCGGCAGCGGGACGCAGAUCCCGAGAGGUGGCGCCUACAUAUGA